UGGGCUGUUUGGUUGAUGAAGGGGGUCAGCGUAGGCAUGUGUCAUCAUCGAGGUAGGCAGGGAAGGGGAGGGCUGUGCGUGGGGGGAGGAUAUAUAUGCUGGUGUGGCUGACACAGAGGAACAAACCUCACAUCUGAGAGAGCCCUGGUGACGGACAGGACAGCGUCAGCCUCUUGCUUCCCACGGCUGCACCAUGAAAAUCCUGUUUUGUGAUGUCCUGCUGCUCAGCCUGCUCUCCAGCGUGUUCAGCAGCUGUCCCGAGGACUGCCUCACCUGCCAGGAGAGGCUCCACCCGGCUCCGGGCAGCUUCAACCUGAAGCUGUGCAUCCUCCAGUGUGAAGAGAAGGUCUUCCCCCGCCCUCUCUGGACUCUUUGCACCAAAGCCAUGGCCAGUGACUCUGAGCAGCUCAGCCCUGCUGAUCCAGAGCUCACGUCCGCUGCUCUUUACCAGUCGAAAGCCUCGGAGAUGCAGCACCUGAAGAGAAUGCCGCGUGUCAGGAGUGUGGUGCAAGCCCGAGACGCAGAGCCUGAGGCAGAUGCAGAGCCUGUCGCAGAUGAGGCCGAUGAGGUGGAGCAGAAGCAGCUGCAGAAAAGGUUUGGGGGCUUCACUGGGGCCCGGAAGUCAGCCCGGAAGUUGGCCAACCAGAAGCGGUUCAGUGAGUUUAUGAGGCAGUACCUGGUCCUGAGCAUGCAGUCAAGCCAACGCCGGCGCACUCUGCACCAGAAUGGCAUCCAGGUGAGCCCCCGUACAGCAUGUGUCCACACCAAGACCUGCAGGCCGGGAGUCAGGAUUCCUCCUUCCCUGAGGCACUGAACACCCGCGGCACCUCCCCACAGCAUGUCUCACCACAAUCCUGUUGCUACAUCAGAGUGUAUUUUUGUAAUUCCUCCAGCUAACAUUUUAAUGGCCCCAUCUUCUUGCUCAUCCUCUGCCCUCUCGUAGGGCCAGGUGAGAGGAACAUGAAAUCAGACCUGGGGUUUUGCCUCACCACUGCCAUAACUGGUUUGUAAAGGAGCUGUUCUUUUUGACUGAUUGUUUGAAACAACUUUCUCCAUUAAACUUCUACUGAGCAAAAUGGUUAAUAAA